AUGGCUAGAGGUAGAGUUAGAGUUCGCGGAAGCACAGGGCGUGGAGGCAAGUUUGCAGUUAGGAGUAAUAAUGAUGUUACUGCAAACAUACCUACUAUUCCCACUCCUACUAUUGUUAGUCCUCAAGAUGAUGGCAUAGAUAUGACUCAGGGUAGAGGUGCAAGUCGAGGAAACAUAGGGCAUGCGGGAAAGUCAGCAGCUAGGAGUAAUAUUCCUAUUCUUACUACAAACAUGCCUACUAUUCUCAUUCCUACAGUUGCAUCUCAAACAGCUGGUGGCUUAGGUGCUCCAACUUUUAAUCAUGGUAGUACGUCUCGUACUACUCCAAAUCAGAGCAACCUAACAGUUGUAGGUACGUCUUCACAAACCAACCAAGUAGGUGAGGACGUAUCUCGUAGCAACACAAAUGAAGAAGAUAAUUCUAGUAGGAGCCAUGUGCGGACCCUUGUUACUAUAACUUCUGCAGGAUUGCAACCUUCUAAAGCAUGCUCCAAUAGCAUACACGAGUCUUUCAAAAGUGAGCUUGAUCACAAUGGAGUCAAUUGGAAAGGUGUCUCAUGUGAUAUAAAAGAUGGCUAUUUUGGGGAAUUCAAGAAACACUUCUAUUGGGAUUCUUCCAUUAGUGAUGCUGUAGUAAAGAAACAGUGGCAGAGUAAGGCAACAACUAUGUAUAGAAACUUCAUUGGUAAAAUCAAAGAGAAAGGGAUUAGGCAAGAUUUUAUACCUGAAGAUGUUUGGGAAAGCUGGCAGCGACUUUGGGCAGAUCCAAAGUGUGUUGAAAAGUCAAAAAUAAAUAGGCAGAAUUAUCGAGGCAGCAAAGAAGACACUGCAGAACUCACACGGGAGGAUCUAUCUUAA